UGUUUCCAAUCUGCGUUACCUACUCCAGCCAGCAGAUGGCGAUUUGCGUCUUUCAGCUGACUCUUCAUGCGUGACGUAUAAUGGACUGGACGGGACGCUUCUUCAGGAACAACAACACGGCUACUUUUUCAACCACCUCGGUAGCUUGCUAGCUAAUUUAAAUGCGAAACAUUGACGCUUUAGACCAUGUUUAUGUACAUUAGCUAAUCUCAGUGUUUUAAACACAAUUCUGUUGACGCUUCUACUGGUUAACUUUAAGCUAAUUUGGUUGUUCAAUUUGCAAACUUGUUAAAGAUUGAUACUGAGCCUAGCACUAGGCUAGUCGCUAAUGUUAACUAGCUAGCUAACAUCCCGGACCAUGAGCUCACUAAACUACUCGCCCCUUGCUAAAGAAGAGGAGGUCUACUGGACUGAGAAAGAAGCUCUGGGAAUGAACAUUGUCGUCAAAGAAGAAGAAGAAGAGGGUGUUACAGUGAAGGGAGAGAAGUCUCCGUUUGGAGAGGAAGAGGGGAUGGAGGCUGUCACAGUGGAAGAGGAGGAGGAAGAAGCUUUCAGAAUGAAAAAGGAGAAAAAGGAGAAUAUCACACUGAAAGAAGAGGAUGAGGGUAUUACAGUGAAAUAUGAGAAAGAACAUAUUGUAGUGAAAGAGGAAGAGGGGAUAGAGGCUGUCACAAUGGUAGAGGAGGAGCUAGACACUUUCAGAAUGAAAGAGGAGGAUGUUAUAGGGGAAAAAGAGGAAGAACCUUUUAGAGAGGAAGAGGAUGCUAUCUCAAUAAAGGUGAAGGAGGAAGUCAUUUUGGGAGUGAAAGAGGAGGAGACAGAAUAUCAAAUUAACACCAGAGAGAGACAUGACUAUUGUGGAUCCUCUGGGGAGCCUCAACAACAUCCUGAUGCUGACGAGGCAGAGAAGAGUCUCUCCAGAUCAGAACACCAGAUGGGUUACCAGGACAACGCUAGCCCUUCCGUCCUCCCGGAGUUCCCGUGUUGUGCCUCUUCUGGUAGCGCCUUACUGCUGGGUAUGAAGAGGUUGUCUGUGCUGCUGGUGGACUGCAGGAAAACAACGGGGCUGAGUGGAACUGUGAGAGGAGGAGGAGAGAAGAAAGGAUCAGAUUUGACUCAUCAAAGAGGAAAACCAACCUUGGAGGAACCAAAGACGUCCGAACCAGCAAGACGACACCUCUGCUCCCAUUGUGGAAAGAGUUUUAACCAGUUAGUUAGCUUGAAAAGACAUGAGAGGGUACACAUAAGAACGAAGCCACACCAUUGCUCUCAGUGUGGAAAGAGUUUUAAGCGGUUAGACACCCUCAAAGCUCAUGAGCGAAUACACACAGGGGAGAAGCCAUGCCAUUGCGCCCAGUGUGGAAAGAGUUUUACCCAAUUAGGAAGCCUGAAAGAACACAUGAGACUGCACACAGGGGAGAGGCCUUACCACUGCUCCCAGUGUGGAAAGAGUUUUAACCAGUCAGGAAGCCUGAAAGCUCAUGAGCGAAUACACACAGGGGAGAAGCCUUACCACUGCUCACAUUGUGCAAAGCGUUUUAUCCAAUUAGGAAGCCUGAAAGAACACAUGAGAGUGCACACAGGGGAGAAGCCUUACCACUGCUCCCAGUGUGCAAAGCGUUUUACCCAUUUAGGAAACCUGAAAGAACACAAGAGACUGCACACAGGGGAGAAGCCUUACCACUGCUCCCGGUGUUCAAAGCAUUUUACCCAUUUAGGAAACCUGAAAGCUCAUGAGCGAAUACACACAGGGGAGAAGCCUUACCAUUGUUCCCACUGUGGAAAGCGUUUUAACUAUUCAGGGAAGCUGAAGGAACACAUGAGACUGCACACAGGGGAGAAGCCUUACAAAUGCUCAGACUGUGGGAAGACAUAUUACUCAUCACAGUCACUUAAACAUCAUGUGCGAAUCCACACAGGAGAGAAUAAUUACUUCUACUAGUGUGUAUAUUGAUAUUUCACAUCUCAUUGACUUAAAAUUCAUCAGAGAACAUACACAGUGCUCCAAUUGUCUUAUAUUGUUGACUGAUAAUGUGUUUACCUGUUUGUACCAUAUUAAAUGAAAUGGUUCAAAGUAUACUCAAAUAUAUGUUUUUGUAAUAAAACAUGAAUUGAAUAUGGAGUAUGUCAGUUUGAAUAUAGAGUAGAUCAGAUUCCAUGUGUUUAAAUGGUCAUUUCUUAAACUCUGAAACUGUGUGUGUGUUUAUCUGGGUGUCAUUCCUCCAGCACUACAGAUAAUACAGUGAUAUUUGGAUGUGAUGCAUUUGUUCCGUUUUUUACAUUUGCAUUGUUGGUCCACUGAUGAUUUAAUGAAAUGAAAAUGUUCACAGAGUCUGUAAUGCAAAAUUUUAAUUGUAUGUGUCCACAUAUCUGCGUAUGUGACUAACCUUGUGAAACUGUUCCUGGGAGUAUCAUCCUGUGUUGCAAACCAGCUGCACCUAUGUCCUUGAAUGAAUAAAGUCCCUCCCAGGAACAGGAAACUAUAAAGAUAUGUGCUCAUCACCCAAUGCUUCAGGAAUUCAGACUGUCUACACUGCGCUGUGUAACUCUGUUAUUCUCUCUGAGCUCAGAAAUAAAGAAUCUUGGUUUGA